AUGGUUCAACGCAAAGAUCCACCGUCAGAGCAGCUUAGAGCCUACACAUUGCUCAUUGAGCUCUUGUCGUAUCAAUUUGCCUUUCCCGUCCGAUGGAUUGAAACACAAAAUGAUCUAAUCCAGCGAAAUAAUACUAUCCAGCGCUUCGUUGAAGUGGGACCAUCCAAUGUCCUGGCGAACAUGGCGAAGAAGACAGCCAAGGGCCAAUACGCUGAAGAGGAUCUGGUGCGCUGCGUAGACCGUCAGUACCUAUCGCACGCCGACGACGCCCAGCACAUCUACUACCAGUAUGAUGAAGAGGCACCGGUGGAAAGCGCUGAUAAUGAACCGGCCCAACCGGCCGCCUCGUCCACCCCUGCUGCUCCGGCACCAGUGGCUGCGCCACCGGUGGUAGUUCAAACAGCGCCCCAGCCAGCUGCCCAGGCAGCUGUCGCUGUACCCGAUGUCGACUUGAGUGCAAUCGACGUUGUCAUCUCCAUAGUCGCUCAGAAGAUCCGCAAAGCAUUUGACGAGGUACCCGCAGCGAAGUCUAUCCGCGAUUUAUCCGCAGGCAAAUCCACAUUACAGAAUGAGCUAAUCGGACAGCUGGACGCUGAGUUUCGCGGUCUGCCAGAAGGAAGUGAAGAUCUCGCGCUAGAAGCACUGGCCUCCCACUUCACAAACUUCUCUGGACGACCUGGUAAGGUGAUGGGCGGACAUAUCGAUCGCCUUGUGGCCGCCCGUAUGCCUGCAGGUUUCAACCAAGCCAAGAUCAGAGACUAUCUCUCCUCACACUGGGGACUAGGCCUCAAUCGGCAGACCACCGUUCUGUGCUAUGCGGUAACAAUGGAACCGGCUGCUCGCCUCGCCGAUGCCGGCCAGGCAACGCAGUUCCUAGAUUCAGUGGUGAGCCGAUACGGAGGAAAGGCAGGCAUAGCUCUACAGAAGAGAGCGGAGGGUGGAGCGUCACAGACAUCUGCUGUGGCCCAGGUCGACUUGGCUAGUCUUGAAACCCUCAAGAAGGAACAAAAUGAGUACUUACACAAACAGUUCCAGCUUCUCGCCAAGCAUCUGGAUUUGGAUGGCGUGGCGCAACCCAGUCAAACCCAGGUGCAAGGGGAGGAUACUGACAGGCUGGCUGAAUGGGACGCCGAAUUCGAUGAAGAGUUUCUCACGGGUAUGCGGACGAUCUUCGACCCGCGGAAGGCUCGUCGUUAUGAUUCAUGGUGGAAUACGGCCCGAGAGGACCUCAUGGCCUUGUUGCACGACAUCCGUCCUGCUGCCGAGGACAAGGCCUCGCAGCGAUACCAGAGCCUUGUCAAUCGGUGGUCACCAGAAUUGGAGCAGAUGCUGGAACACAGUGCUCAGGAUGACACGACGAAGGAGAAGGCUCAGAUGCUGCUUGACGAUGUUCGUGCUUCGGGAGUAGCCAACGGGCCAGUCUUUCGUUAUACUCAGCCUGCUAUGGCGCCUGAGACGAAAGUCGAUGCGAACGGGCGCAUCCAGUACUCUGAGGUGCCUCGUCGUCAGCUCCACGGUGAGAACAAAGCUUCCACCCUGAACUACGCGCAGGUAGUUGCAGCUCGACACCGCGACGUGCCCUAUGCGCACCUCCGCAGCCGAGCCGGUGUGGAUUGGAAGUAUGACGACCAGCUCACGGACAUGUUUUUGAAUAUCCUAUCUACCGGAGCCUCUACCGGACUGUCAUUUACCGGCAGAAGAGUACUGGUGACCGGUGCUGGAGUCGGUUCGAUUGGAGCAGACAUCGUGGCCGGGUUGCUGGCCGGUGGAGCGCACGUUAUCGUCACCACCAGUCGUCAGCCUUCAGAUGUCGCUGCAUCCUUCCGCCAGCUCUAUGCGAAGGUCGGAGCUCCUGGAUCAGAAUUGAUUGUGCUGCCAUUCAACCAAGCCAGCAAGCGUGAUUGCGAGGAAUUAAUCAACCACAUCUACGACGAGCAGUCGGGUUAUGGUUGGGACCUCGACUUUAUCAUCCCCUUCGCUGCCAUCUCCGAGAUCGGACGGCAGAUUGACAAAAUCGACUCCAAGUCGGAAUUGGCGCACCGUGCCAUGCUGGUUAAUCUGCUCCGCUUGUUGGGAUUCAUCAAACAGCAGAAGGAAAAACGGGGUUUUGAUUGUCGGCCCACAGGUGUCUUGCUCCCCUUGUCUCCAAACCAUGGUAACUUCGGUGGAGACGGCUUGUAUUCUGAGUCCAAGCUGGGGCUGGAGACCCUGUUCAAUCGCUUCCAUUCUGAGGGCUGGUCUGACUUCCUUUGCAUUAUCGGUGCCGUGAUCGGCUGGACCCGCGGCACGGGCCUGAUGAGUGCCAACAAUAUCGUCGCCCAGGGUAUGGAAGACUCAUUGGAUAUACUGACAUUUUCUGCCCCCGAGAUGGCUUUCAAUAUUCUGUCUCUCCUGUCAGGCGACAUCCUCGAAGUGGCGGACGAUGAACCCAUUUAUGCGGAUUUGAGUGGAGGCCUUCAAGGUGUCAGUGACCUCAAGGACAAGAUUUCGGCUAUUCGCAAGAAGAUCGUCUCGGAUAGCCGGAUCCGCCAGGCGCUGGUCGCCGAGAAUCUACACGAGCAAAAGGUUCUCCGAGGCACGAAGCCUGCGGAGGGUAAUGUUCAACCUCCUCUUAAACGCCGCUCCAACAUUGAGCCGGCCUUCCCACCUCUUUCAGAUUACAACUCGGUGACAGCUGGCCUCCAGUCCUUGAAGGGAAUGGUGGACCUGUCUCGCACGGUGGUGGUGGUAGGUUACUCGGAGCUGGGCCCUUGGGGCUCUUCGCGUACACGCUGGGAGAUGGAGCAUGAGGGCCGCUUGUCUCUGGAAGGUUAUACCGAACUGGCAUGGAUGAUGGGCCUUAUUAAGCACUUUGACGGUGAUCUUAAAGGCAAACCAUACACCGGCUGGGUUGAUUCCAAGACCAAAGAAGCGGUGGACGAGGCGGAUAUUGAGGAGAAAUAUGGGCAGCAUAUCUUGGGCCAUGCUGGCAUUCGGGUGAUAGAGCCCGAGCUGUCGGAGGGAUAUGACCCUUCCCAGAAAGAGAUCAUGCACGAAGUGGUUAUCGAUGAGGACCUCCCUCCCUUUGAAGCUCCCCAGGGUGUCGCCCAGGCAUUUAAGCUGCGACAUGGUGAUAAGGUCAUCUUGACGCCUAUUGAAGGUUCAGAAUCUGUCAAGGUUGUCGUCAAGAGUGGAGCUGUCUUCAUGGUGCCUAAAGCUAUGGCAUUCAAUCGGUUUGUCGCCGGUCAGCUCCCGUCCGGGUGGGAUCCAACUCGUUACGGUAUUCCUGAGGACAUUGUCGCUCAGGUGGAUCCUAUGACUGUCUAUGUUCUAUGCUGUGUAUCUGAGGCUAUGUAUAGUGCUGGACUAGAGGAUCCAUUUGAGCUGUACCGCCACAUCCACGUAUCUGAAUUGGCUAACUGCGUCGGCACUGGUGCCGGAGGCUUGUUGGCUAUGCGUGGCGUGUAUCGGGACAGAUAUCUUGAUCGACCUGUGCAAAGCGACAUUCUCCAGGAGUCUUUCCUCAACGCCAUGAACGCCUGGACGAAUAUGCUUUUAAUGGGGGCUGCGGGUCCUAUCAAGUCGCCCUCAGGCACAUGUGCGACCUCGGUAGAGUCUAUGGAUAUAGCCUGUGAAGCAAUCCAGACACUUAAGGCCAAGGUUGCUAUCGUUGGUGGCUCCGAUGACUUCCAGGAAGAGAUGUCCUAUGAGUUCGGUAACAUGAAGGCCACUGCCAACGCAGAGGACGAGUUGGAGAAGGGAUAUCUUCCUUCAGAAAUGUCCCGACCUACAGCAUCCUCUCGCAGUGGCUUCGUCGAGUCCGCUGGCUGUGGUAUCCAACUGGUCAUGAGCGCCGAGCUAGCCCUUCAGAUGGGCCUUCCCAUCUACGGAAUAGUCGCUUACUCCCAAAUGGCAGGCGAUAAGGUCGGCCGGUCUGUGCCUGCACCAGGCCAGGGUGUACUCACGGCCGCCCGGGAAAGCAUUGAUGCGGCGCAAUCACCCUUACUGGAUGUGCAAUACCGCAAGGCACGAUUGGAUGAAGCUGUCUCUGAGAUCAAGAGAUGGCGACACAAAGAGUCACAGAAGCUCAUCGCGUCCACGACCUCUAAAGAGUUCAAAGAUCUCGAUGCGCACCUGCAACACAUCAACAACAUCGCCGCGACCCGCAUCCGGGAUGCUCAAUGGACAUGGAAUAAUAACAUCCGUCAUAUAGAUCCCACUAUUGCUCCCAUGCGCGCCGCCCUGGCAACGUGGGGGUUGAGUGUCGACGACAUUCAAGUGGCGUCCUUCCACGGCACGUCAACCAAGGCCAAUGACAAGAAUGAAAGCAACGUUAUCAACCAGCAAAUGACUCACCUGUCGCGCACGGUUGGCAACCCACUUCUCGUCAUAUGCCAGAAAUCCCUAACAGGCCACCCGAAGGGUGCAGCCGGAGCGUGGAUGUUCAAUGGCUGUCUCCAGGCUCUCCAAACCGGAAUUGUACCCGGCAACAGGAAUGCAGAUAAUGUCGACGUGGCGCUCCAGCAGUUCAAACAUCUGGUUUACCCAUCACAGACGAUCCAUACAUCAGGUAUCAAGGCAUUCAUGUUGACAUCGUUCGGCUUCGGACAGAAGGGUGGCCUCGUUGUUGGUAUCGCCCCUCGCUAUCUCUUCUCCACUAUUACGGCCAAUAAGUUUGAAGAUUACCGCGAGCGGGUGCUUCAACGCCAGCAAAAGAUUAUUCCCGUGUUCCAAAGGCGUAUGGCACAGGGCCGUCUUUUCCAGAUCAAAGAUCAGUCGGCUUGGACAAGUGAUCAAGAAAAGGACGUCUUUCUCAAUCCCCAGGCCCGUGUCGCUCAGAAGUCUACUGGCGAAUACAGCUUUCCAACGACGGUUGCCCCAGUUGCAUCAUCACUGCCCGCGAGAACUGUUUCCGACGACAAGCAGCUCUUCGCUAGAUCUUCUGAUCAAUGGCUGCGCGACAGCAUAAGUAAGGAGCAGGGAAAUGUGUCCGUUGGUGUAGACAUUGAGUCUAUCUCCAGUGUCAAUAUCGAGGAUGAAAUAUUCCUGGAACGCAACUUCACGCCAGGGGAGCUCAAAUACUGUCAAGGUAGCCCAGAUAAGCAAGCAAGCCUUUCAGGGCGCUGGGCGGCCAAGGAAGCGAUCUUCAAGAGUCUACAGAUACCGUCUGAAGGUGCAGGCGCUGCGAUGCGGGAUAUUGAGAUUGUCAGCAAUGGUGCUCAGCCACCAACCGUUCUGCUUCACAAUCGGGCCAAAUCGGCUGCCGAUGCCCAAAAGGUGGAAGAGGUCCAGGUUAGUAUCACGCACUCCCCAGAGAGUGCCAUGGCUAUUGCUUUAGCGCGACGUCGUUUAUAG